UUUGCUUUCAGCUGCAACGUUCCAGCUGAGACUGGAACAUUCAGCCUGCUUCAUCAAAACAGACAUUCCCUGGACCCAUUCAGGUAGCUUAUUUCUGAAGAAUGGCAUUGAGUGACCUUCUUUACCCAGAUAACCCCAAGAGAAAGCAAGAACUGAUUCAUCUGCAUCAGGAAUUGCUUGACUGUAUGUCCACAAAUUUCCAUGCAACAAACGAGCUGGUUGGAGUGCUGAAUGAGCACCUGGGCUGUACCAUUGCCCCCAUCAAGAUGCGAGAGAGCAGUACAGUCAAGGAAAACUGUGAGAUUAUCAUUCAAGUGAUGAGUGAGAUUCAGCAUCAGGUGCAGAAGAUUGAUAGUGACAUGAAGGAAAAGCUCGAGCCAGUGCUGUACCAGAAGCUGUACGAUAUCAAAGAGCCCGAGCUGGAGAAAAUUGCAAUAGCCCAGAGAGUCUUUUCCAUUAUUUUUGGAGAAGCAACUUCAACAGCUGCAAUGGUAGCUAUCAAACUUCUUGGCUCCAAUCAUUUAACUCUCACUGUGAGCAAGCUCAUCGGUCUCCUUGCACAGAUUGGGGCAUCUGUUCUUGGGGGAGUUAGUAUUACCAUUAUUGGGCUUGGCCUGGAAAUGAUUCUCCAUGCCAUCCUGGGAGCUGUGGAGAGGAGUCAGCUUCUGACAGCUGUGAGAAGCUAUGAGAAGCACCUGGCUGAGUUCAAAGCAGCCUCAGAGAAGUACCAGCGUGCCAUACAUGAAGUAACUUCUUUGGUGAGACAGCAAGUUCAGUAAAUGAAGCUGGAGUUCUCUCUUCUGUGACAGCAGCUGCAGCAGCUAUGCCUGCAGAAACCUUUUUGAUUCAUUACGACAAAUGAACUACUGGCGGCUCUUUAGUUUCUUAUAUGUGCCAGCAGAACAAGGAAAGUAACAAUUUAGGAAAUUGGCACUGAAAUAUCUUAAUAGAGAACCGGUUUAC